UCGAAUUCGCGAGGAAGGCAGGGAAGUUUAUUACUGCUUUACUGAGGACAGGGAGGCGCACAAAGCCUAAAUUCAAACAGCCAGCUCGGGGAGCACUCCGGGCUGCAAGGCCAGCCCUAUUUCCAUCCCACCCAGCUAUCUGCCUCCUUGAUUGCCUACAAAACGUACAGAGACCUGGGGACAACGCGGCUGAGAUUUAGCGUUCACUUCAAGUUUCAGAAACUCUCAACUUGGGCAUCAGGACCUCUUGUCACAAGAAGCAAUGCUGCCUCAAUGGGAACUGUUUUUUUACCUGCUUGCGUCGCUGGGCUUCCACUUCUAUUCUUUCUAUGAAGUUUACAAAGCCUCCAGAGAACAUGAAGAACAAUUGGACCAAGAAUUUGACCUGGCGAUUGGCACUUUAUUUGGAGGAUUAAAGAAGGACCGGACCGACUUCGAGUGGAGCUUCUGGAUGGAGUGGGGGAAGCAGCGGCUGGCGUGGCUCCUCCUUGGCCACCUGGCUGUGUCUCAAGUGGCCAACCAGAUUGCCAGGAAGCACAGACCCUGGAUCCUCACCGCCUAUGGAAUGUGGGCCUGCUGGUGCGUGCUGGGGGCCCCAGGGACGGCCAUGAUAUUUCUCCACACCAUCGUCUCCUUCUGCGUAGCCCAAUUCCGGUCGCUGUUCCUGUCAUGGCUCUGUUCUCUCCUCCUGCUCUCCACACUGAGGAUGCAAGAUGUGGAGGAAAUGAAGAGAGGGUGGUACAAGACAGAAAACGAGUACUACUUGCUGCAGUUCACGCUGACCGUCCGCUGCCUGUACUACACCAGCUUCAGCCUCGAGUUCUGCUGGCAGCAGCUGCCCUCUGGGCGCACCUUCUACUCCUUGCCCUGGAUGAUGGCCUACGUCUUCUAUUACCCGGUCUUCCACAAUGGGCCCAUCCUCAGCUUCCCGGAGUUUGUCGCGCAGAUGCAGCAGCAAGAGCCCUGCUCACUGAAGAUCAGCAUCUCCGUCCUCGCCCGGGGGCUGUGCCGCCUCUUCUGCUGUUGGUGCCUGGCUGAGCUGAUGGUUCACCUCAUGUACAUGCACGCCCUCUACGGCAGCACCCCGCUCCUGAGGACUGUCUCUUUUUGGACCUUAGGAGGACUGGCGUUGGCCCAGGUGCUCUUUUUCUACGUGAAGUACUUGGUGCUCUUCGGCAUCCCAGCUCUGCUCAUGCGCCUGGACGGACUCACACCGCCGCCCCUCCCUCGCUGUGUCAGCACCAUGUUCAGUUUCACGGGGAUGUGGAGGUAUUUUGACGUUGGACUUCACGAUUUCUUAAUCAGGUAUGUGUACAUUCCCGUGGGCGGGUCCCAGCAUGGCCUGCUGGGGACACUGCUUUCCACUGCGAUGACUUUUGCAUUUGUGAGCUACUGGCAUGGGGGGCACGACUACCUUUGGUGCUGGGCAGCCCUCAACUGGCUGGGAGUCACCGUGGAGAAUGGAGUCCGGAGGCUUGCGGAGACCCCGUGCAUCCAGGACAGCUUGGAACAGUUCCUCUCCCCACGGGCUCGCCGGCGAUUCCACGCGGUCCUCGCCUCUUGCUCCACCUCCAUGCUGAUCCUGUCCAACCUGGUGUUUCUUGGGGGCAACCAAGUGGGGAAAAUCUACUGGAAUAGGAUCUUCAUACAGGGCUGGCCGUGGGUGACCCUCUCCGUCCUGGGAUUCCUGUACUGCUACUCCCACGUGGGCAUCGCCUGGGCCCAGACCUACUCCACGAACUAAUGCCGUGGGCCCAGGCCAGCCUGGCUGUCAGCCUCCAACGGUGCUUCUCCCUGAUCGCAUGCCCCAAGAUAACCUCCAAGGGACCAGCGCCUGAUCUGCUCAUCUUUUGUUGACCUUACUUCAAGACCCACUCCAAGACUGGAAGCUGGAGCUCUCAUAGAAAAUCGACAACCAGAGUUUUCCACCUUUGGGGACACAGAGAUCAUCUCCCCCGCCGUCAUUUUCCUGUUGAGCAAGCUGGGGUCCAGAGCUGUAGAGUGUCCUGCCCAUCUGCACAGGGUGGCACUGCGGUCUGGACCCCAGUCCCAAAGGCCCUUUAAAUUUUUUCUCCUUUCCCAAGAAUUAAAUAUAAUGGGGAUUUUUUGGUUGAGGCCCAGAAAUCCUGACUAGUGAUAGGCCUGUCCUUCACUGGGCAAUAUUUCUAAAACAUUUUAGUGACAUCUAUCUAUGUGACCCCCUUCCCCACACCCUGCAGUGUGGUCUCAGCAGGGAGGUGGCAAAGUCACAGCUGUGUUUCUGUUUACCCAGUAAAGAAGCUAGAAUAUGUUCUGUCACAUUCCAAGGAGUCUGUACCCAAGGAGACCUGUUGUUUGAACUUUAUCAGGCCGAUCUACACUUGGCUGCUUUUUUCCUAGAUUUGCAGAGAAGUGUCAACAUGCAGUGCCUCUACCUGACAGUUCAUCAUUUCUACAUAAAGAAGCAGAAUUUAAAAACCAGGGAACAGCGUACCCAUAGGCAGGUGCUAUCAGGCAAGUUACAAAGAUGGCUCCCUGAGGUCUCCGCUCCUUUCCCCACGCAAGUCCCACCAGGAUCUUCCCUCUCAGUGGUUUGCAUUCAGUGGUUUAUAUUGUUUGGUUUUGUUUCAAAUAAAAUGGAGCCUUUCCUAUCACAUAGAGAAGUCACUUUUUUGUAGAAUUGUUUUAAAUAGUUUUUGAGGAAAAUGUUUAAACACA